UGACUUGAGAGACGACACCAUGAACAAGAUUAUUGUUUAUGAGCAAAUUAAUUUUGGAGGCAUUGGAAAAGAGUUCACCUCUUCUGUUCCCAACUUAGUCAUGGAGAACUUUAAUGACUGCAUCUCCUCUCUGAAGGUGAUCGGGAAUCCAUGGGUGGUAUACACAGACAGAAAUUUCAGCGGGUCUCAGUUUGUCUAUGAGGAGGGAGAAUAUCCCACUGUGGAGUUCAAUGACAGGAUUUCUUCACUAGAGGUGGUGACGGAGGACCUCACGUACCCUCAGAUUACACUUUAUGAGCAUGAUAAAUUCAGAGGCAGGUCCCUCAUCCUCACCACUGAAACCAAUCUCGUCUAUGGCUCUUUCCAUGAUGUGGCAUCUUCUCACAAGGUGCAGAGAGGAGCGUGGGUCCUUUAUGAGCACAUUAACAGACAGGGAGCUCAGAUGGUGGCCAGGGCUUCUCAUGACCUUCCUAAUUAUGGCUGGUUCAAUGACAGAGUGUCUCAUGUGCGACCUCUGAAGCCUGGCAAAUCCAUCAUAAAGGCAGAGAUCCUCUGGGACAAGAAAGAAGAACAUGUCAAAUCCAUUACGAUCGACUCCAUAUGUGGUCUGAACAAAGGGGAACACGAGCAGAGCUUCUCCACUGAGCUGUUUAAAGAGUACACGGCCUCCGUCACCGACAACUUCAGCUUUAGCAAUUCUACACAGAUCUCCUGGGGAACGUCCUUUAGUGUAGAUGUAGGAAUGGUGAAAGGAGAGCAAAACUUCUCCUUCAGUAACACCUUCACUGUGGAGAGAGGUGGCAGCAACACCAGAACCGAGAGGAAGAGUACCCAAAUCACCCUGCCCACCAAAAUAGCUCCCCAGACCAAGCUCACUGUGAACGUGUUGAGGAAAGAAGUGGACGUAAAGGUCCCAGUCAAGCUGACCAUCCAGACAGGUUAUAACACCCAUGUCGAGUUUGGAGAGUACAGGUGCCAAUCUGGAAACUCCAUCACCGCCGAGUUCAAGGAGGAAAAAAUCUAAUGCACUCGUGGUGAAUCUUGCUGAUGCUGGACACUGUCCAUGGCUCUCGAGGGUCUUUGGUUAUCCACCUCAGAAUCUACGUGAUUGCCAUUGAAAUCUGAAGAUUUACCUCUCUUCUCUCCUCUAGAGAGAGAGAGAGACCUUUAAUUGUCCCUAAAUGCUUCAUCAAUAUGAUUAAUCAAAGGAGAGCAAUUAUGGAUUCUUGUGAUUUAUUUUGGAACCAAUAA